ACCAACAGAUCGACCAGACAACGUUCGCGAUUACGAAACCGCGAAACCGUUGGCAGUCGCGAGAUCGUUUAUUUAUUGUUAUUGUUUUAGUCGAAUUUGAUUGUUGAUUGCGAUGCACACGCUCUGAAUGAAGAGCGACUACCGAAGAAGUUGAAUACUUGACGGGUGCUUUUUAUUUUUCGCUUUUUAUUAGUUGAUUUUAGUGUGGUUCGAUAAUUGUUUUGUUGGAUCGUGGGUGGAUUUUUCGAGUGGCUCUUAAAGACUUCAGGAUGGGUUUUCUUAAUGGAAAGUGUGCUUUUAUGGCACUUGUUUUUUGGUUAUCCACUUUGGAAUGCUGUCAUACCAUCAUGGUGGAGUUUGGUACCAGUAAGGGACCCAUUAUACCGAAGGAUAUACCCAGAAAUAGCAUUCAGCAAAAAACCAUUGUGCCAAGAAGCCCAGCACCAGUACGUGAGGAACGCCACAUAGCAGACACCCCCAACCCCAACCAGUACCAACCCCCCGUACCCCACCAAUAUCGCACUAAAAUUUACUCGUUCAAACCCAACCCCAAUCUCAUUUUGGGAACCCCGUUGGACCAAAAGUACACCCCCUCCUUACCAAAAUACAACCUACAGAAGAAACAAUAUUCGCGGAGCCUUGGUCUCGACUAUACCGGUCCUCACCUCUUCGAAGUUCAACCUUACCAAUACUACGAGGUGAAAAAGACUACUUUGCAACCGUCUACGAAGUAUAGGGAGGAGGAGAGGAUCAAGACGAACAAACAGGCGAAAUACGUACCUCAAAUUGGAGUAGUUUAUUCUGGUGGAGUGAGGUACUACGUGCCUCAAAUAGUUUAUUUGAUGCAGAACAAAGAGGCCGCCGGUGAGGAGGAGAAUUCCGUUUACGAUAAAAGCGAUGAGAAGUAUUUCAUUUAUAACAGACAGUGAGGAGGAGGAGGAUUGUAAUUAUGUAUUGUAAAUUUCCUAGUUGUAUGUGCCAACCAUAUAAUAUAAUAUUUAAGAAAAAAAACACAUUUUUUUGGGCAGUAUUAUGAAAAAUUUUUAGUUUUAUGCCAUAAUAUAUAAAUAAAUAACUAAUUUAUUAUUUUUCAA